AGACCGGGUGCAAGCGGAAUUCGCUCUCGCCAGCAGCCAGACCCCAGCGUCCAGCCUGCCGCCGCCUCUGCCCAGGUGCUGGUCCAGGGGGGCCGCUCCCUCCGGCCCGGGGAAGGAGUUGGGUCAGGCUUUAGACGAAGCAAUCACUUGGUAGGCUCUUUCCCAUUGAAGAAUCAAGCAGGAAUAGCUGAUGGGUUGGGUGUGUGGGAGAGAGGAGUCGAAUACACCAAAUGGGUAUAACUGGUUCAGCGAUGCCUCUGUCAGCCUGGUUCAGCCUGCUGCUUCUCUUUCUUUGUGUUAGUACUGCCAAGACCUGCUCCCCGGGAUGCCACUGUGAAGUGGAGAGUUUUGGUCUCUUUGACAGCUUUAGCUUGACCAAAGUGGAUUGCAGUGGAAUAGGGUCACACAUUGUUCCUGUCCCUAUCCCGCUGGAUACUUCCUAUUUGGAUCUGUCCUCAAACAAACUGGAAACCAUCAACGAGUCAAUGCUGACCGGCCCUGGUUAUACCACCUUGGUGAGCCUUGACCUGAGCUAUAAUAAAAUUGCUAAGAUCUCUUCCACGACCUUCUCCAGGCUCAGGUAUCUGGAAUCCUUGGAUCUGAGUCAUAACUCUUUGGCAGUCCUUCCAGAUGAAUGCUUCCCCAGUUCACCCCUGGGGGACAUAGACUUGAGCAACAACCUCCUCCUGGAUAUAACGUUAGAUGUCUUUAGUUCCAAAGGUCAGAGGAAACCCAUUAACGUGGAUCUGUCCAACAACAUGAUAAACGCAGUCACAAGACACAAUGACAAAAACAUCCCCAACAUCCAGAGCUUAAAUCUGUCUGGAAACAGACUGAAGACUGUGCCCAACCUCCAAGGGAUUCCCCUGCGGUACUUAAAUCUUGAUGGGAACCCUCUGGCCAAGAUUGAGAAAGGAGCUUUCGUGGGACUGAAGGAUUUAAUUCAUUUAUCUCUCAGCAGCUUACGUGGCUUUAGAGAGAUCUCUCCUUACAGUUUCAAAGAACUCCCCAACCUCCAGGUACUCGAUUUAUCCAGCAACCCCAACCUUAAGUUGUUGAGUGCCGAAAUAGUCUUUGGUCUGAGCUCCUUGCAAGAGCUCAACCUGUCCAGUACAAGUGUUUCCUUCUUGCCAAAGACUGUGCUGAAAUACUUACCUACCAUCAAAAGCAUUACCUUGGGGAAGAAUGUACAGUGUCUUAAGGUGAUCAAGGAAGGACAGUAUCACCAGCAAAUCGGGCUGACCAAAAAAGAGUUCCUCAGUUGUCAUGACAGCCAUGGAUCUGUAGUGGCAGUACCCUAUGUCUCGUGAUGAAAGUUGAGGGGAAAGGGCUGGGGGAGAUUGUACAGCUAUCUGGACUGAAAUGACCUGCCUUGUGCCUUUCGUGAAUAAUUUAUACGUUUGUAUACGCCAAUACUUGAUGGUGUGUGUCUUAACAUUCCGUAUUACUGCCCACCGUUGUCUGCCUCUUGAUUCCUGCAAGUAUUGCAAGUGAUAGGUGCGGCAUGGCUGCCCCAAAUGGUGUUCACUGUGAGUGGGGACCAAGUGGGAUCGCUGCUUUGAAUUUCUGAAGAAGGACAGAAUAUCUGGGGAGAAAAUGCAUUCAGCCCAGGCUUAUUUGCAGAAGCAAAGCUAGCCCUGUCUACAGAAUGUACUAAAAUGUGUUAACUCCGCAGUCAUUUGCUUACAAAUCCACGCUUUAUCUAUUUUUUUCCCAAGAAGUGCCUUCCAGAUGUUGCCUUCAUUAGCAGUGCCCUGCUCAUUCUCAUGCACCUUCAGUCUGAAGAAACCGUACUAAGCAAACCUGAGUACAGGGUGUUUCUAAUGCUUGGCUGCUGUUUGCAUAAAAGUGCAAUGAACACUAGGUACCUGGGAACCAUUUUCCCCCACCUCACCUCGAUCCUUUCUGCCCAGGAUUGCAUUAGAUCCUCUGCUGGAAACCCCGGGGGCCUUCUGAUGCAGAUGUGUUGAACCUUAGUGGUCCGUCAAAGACAGAAUGUCCAAAUUCAGCACUGUGCCAUUCGCAGGACUGAAGGCUGUUCCCGUGGACCCACCCCCACUGGUGCUGUGCAGGCAGCUUGCGAUAAGGGCAGGUUGUCUGGGAGUCAGACUCCAGUAGGGUAAAUUAGAUUGAGCUAUGAAAGGGAAAGUGCAUGUAAACUAAAUUAAAAACUCCCUCCCCUUCUUGGGCAUUUAAAGAAUGCUUGAUGAGGCUUCUUAUCUUGAUAACCUCAUCAAACCAAUACAAACCAUGGGACUGAGAAGAAGCUGUUUCCUCUCUGACUUCCCCGGCCUAAUAAGAACAUGUGUGACUCAGCUGUGCUGUUUAAUGCAAUUUCAUGCCAGAAAAAUGUGUUCAGAACGUGGGGGGAGAGGAGGAGGGAGACCGCUCCAGCCCCAAAGCCUGGGGCUACUGACUCCCGCUGUUUAAUAGAAUAAGGUGGUAGCUUGCUUGCCUAUCUGGGAAAGGAUCCUUUUCGGGGCCUGCUGCUCUGUGUCAUUCUUUCCACUCUCAUGCUUGGCUUCUUGGCAGCUAACUGAAGUCUUGGGAGCACAGAGCAGUUUGCGUUGGCUUUGCCCAGUUGCCGGCAUGCUGAAUUUGGCCGACGGAGAACAAAGCAGGAGCAAAGGGAGUGGGAGCGGCAGAUGCCUCAGGCAGCGAGGGGGGAACAAUGCACAAGAACUGGUGGUAAGGGAGCGAGACGCACAGCUUGAACAAAUGGAGGGGAAGGAACAUGCUACAAGAGAACCAAGCGCCCACUCUGUGAAUUCAAUGGGGAAUUUUGAGCCACGUCCCCAGAGAAACUCAGCCUGGGUGGAGUUGUUUGCUUACCCCAGGCCUGCAUCUGGCCCACUCUUCCUUAUGGAGAGGGCAGAGGGAGACAGCAUGGGCAAACUCUGCUCUCAGCUGCAGCAGUCGAAGAGCUUGUCUACACACACAGUUGCCCCAGUUUCACUAAAGGAAUUAUUUUUCUUUUUAAACCAAUGUAGUUGAGCCCAUGCAAAAAGCUGUGUGGAUGCUCUUAUUUUUGUUUACAGCAGGGUUUUUUUUAGCUUAGUUAAGUCCAUCAGCCACAGGUUUAAACUAAACAGCAAUAAGCCACUCUUAAAGCAGAAUCAGUGUGUCCACAUAGGAAUUUGCACCGGAUUAACUAAACCAGUGCAAAUAGGUGUGCAGAUGACCCCAGAGUUUAUUGAAGUCUGACUUGAAUCAGUGUAACAGUUAUUAGAAUCUGGCCCAUUCUGUAGCCAGGCACCAAGGCUGGCUACAGACAAGAAGGAAAAUGUGAAAGGCAGGGAGUACACCAACAGAUUCUGCAGGGGAUCUGGGGUAAAUGCACUAUCCUCAAAACGUGGGUGUGGGAAGAAGACCAUUAGAAGUAGGUUAAGAUAUUCUGGUCACAUAUGUAAUUGUU